AUGGCUGACGAGAUUGCUCGAGUGCAGCAGUACGAAUAUCGUCAGAACAGUAAUCUUGUACUGCAAGUCGAUUUUAAUUUCACUGAUCGUCGUGGUCGAGAUGAACCUACUGGUGAAGUUAUGCCACUGACCAGAGAAGUCCUGGCUGGAGUUAAAAUGGGGGAUAAGUAUCUGAGAAGUAAAGCUCCUGCCAUUGACACCAAGAAGACAAAAAAGAAGAAACGAAUUAGUGGUGGAAUCAUAGGGCAUAAUGCAGCACCAAAUACUGUUUUGGGGGAUUUAGGUGGUGAAUUAAUGGGUCUGUAUAAGCCAAGAACCCAGGAAACGAAGCAAACAUAUGAAGCAGUAUUAGCCUACAUACAGGAUGCUAUUGGAGAUCAGCCACGUGAUAUUCUAUGCGGUGCAGCGGAUGAGGUUUUAGUAGUUUUAAAGUCGGAGAAAAUUCGUGAAUGGGAUCGAAAAAAAGAAGUAGAACUUCUUCUUGGGUCGUUAACAGAUGAAAGAUUUGCCGUUUUAAUGAACCUUGCUAAGAAAAUCACAGAUUUCUCAGUUGAUGAUGACAAGAACAGAACUGAAAAUGAUGAAAUAGAUGAAACAAUUGGUGUGAAUGUGCAGUUUGAUGAUUCUGAAGAAGAAGUGGAAGGAGAAGAAGCUAUCGAGGAAGAAGUAAAAGAAGAGGGAUCGGGUGGGGAAGAUGAAGGAGGUGACGAAGCUGUGUUUGAAGAAACACUUAAAGCUCGUUAUGUUGAAGAGAGUGAUGAAAACGCGGCGGAUGAAAGGAAAGGUAGUUUACAUGCUCGAGACAUUGAUGCCCAUUGGAUUCAAAGAUCACUAUCAAAAUUCUACAAGGAUCCCAUUGUGUCGCAGCAGAAAGUAAAUGAAGUGUUGCAGGUUCUAAAAGAAGCAUCUGACGAUCGUGAUUGCGAGAAUCAACUUGUUUUACUCCUUGGUUUCGACCAGUUUGAAUUUAUCAAAGUGCUUCGUCAACAUCGACAGAUGAUUCUGUAUUGUACUAUUUUAAAACAAGCACAGGAAGGUAAAGAAAGGGAAAACAUCGAAAAGGAAAUGCUUAACCAUUCAGAAUUGCAUCAUAUAUUAGCUGAACUUCAUGAAACUGACAGCGUCAAGACUUUAGAGGCUGAACGCGAGAAGCGUGCCAAGUUACAGCAUCAACGCCGCUUAAUUGAAGCUGAAGGUGGUAAUGACGAGGGAACAACGGUCAAUACUUGGUUGCAGUUACGUAAAAUGCUCGAUUUAAAUGAUUUGUCAUUUUCACAAGGAUCGCAUCUAAUGAGCAACAAACGUUGUCAUCUCCCGGAUGGUUCUUAUCGUAGGCAGAAAAAAAGUUAUGAGGAAGUUCAUGUUCCGGCAUUGAAAUCAAAGCCAUUUGGGGAGAAUGAGAAAUUGGUAGCAAUAGUUGAUUUACCAAAAUAUGCUCAGCCUGCAUUCCAAGGAUUGAAAUCUUUGAAUAGAAUCCAGUCAAGACUUUGUGAAACUGCCUUGAAGUCAGAUGAGCACUUACUUCUUUGUGCGCCUACAGGUGCCGGUAAAACUAAUGUUGCUUUGUUGUGUAUUUUACGAGAAAUAUCAAAGCACAUGAAUGAUGAUGGAAGCAUUCGAACAGAUGAAUUCAAGUGUGUCUAUAUUGCUCCCAUGAAGUCAUUGGUCCAGGAAAUGGUUGGAAAUUUUUCAAAGCGCUUGGCACCUUACAAAAUUACGGUUGGUGAGAUGACAGGAGAUCAACAGAUGAACAAAGAGCAGUUUAUGCAGACUCAAGUGAUCGUUUGUACACCGGAAAAGUACGAUAUUGUAACACGUAAAGGUGGCGAAAGAGCAUAUAAUCAACUUAUUGCUUUGCUUAUUAUUGAUGAAAUUCACUUAUUACAUGAUAGUCGUGGACCAGUUCUUGAAGCCAUUGUUGUGAGAACUCUUCGACAGAUGGAACAAGGUCAUGAAGACUGUCGUUUAGUUGGUUUGUCGGCGACGCUUCCGAAUUACCAUGAUGUUGGGACUUUUUUGCGCGUAAAACCACAGAAUUUGUUUUUCUUUGAUAAUACAUACAGACCGGUGCCUCUUGAACAGCAAUACAUCGGAAUUACGGAGAAAAAAGCACUUAAGAGGUAUCUGACGAUGAAUGAAAUUGUAUACGAUAAAGUGAUGGAACAUGCUGGCAAGAGUCAGGUUUUGAUUUUUGUGCAUUCACGAAAGGAAACAGCAAGGACUGCAAAAGCUGUGAGAGAUGCAUGUCUUGAAAAAGAUACCCUUAGUGAGUUUAUGCGUGAAGGUAGCGCAAGUACUGAAAUUCUACGAAGUGAGGCAUCCCAGGUCGCAAAUGCUGAUUUACGAGACUUACUUCCUUAUGGUUUUGCUAUCCAUCAUGCUGGCAUGACUCGUGUUGAUCGAACACUCGUGCUUGUCUCAACAGCUACACUUGCAUGGGGUGUAAAUUUACCUGCUCAUACUGUAAUCAUAAAAGGCACACAAAUUUACAGUCCAGAAGCUGGUUGUUGGACGGAAUUAGGAGCCUUAGAUGUUCUACAGAUGCUUGGUCGUGCUGGUCGACCUCAGUAUGAUUCUAAAGGCAAAGGCAUAAUGAUAACGCAUCAUUCCGAAUUGCAGUAUUAUCUUUCGCUUAUGAAUCAGCAGUUGCCGAUUGAAAGCCAAUUGGUUUCGAAAUUGGCGGAUACACUUAAUGCAGAAAUAGUUCUUGGAACCAUCAAUAAUGUCAGUGACGCCAUGAACUGGUUGGGUUAUACAUAUUUGUAUGUUCGCAUGAUCAAGGCACCAGGAUUAUACGGAAUUUCACCAGAGCAAAUGAAAUCUGAUCCACUGCUGGAACAGAGACGAGCUGAUUUGAUUCACACUGCUUCAGCGCAGUUGGAAAAAGCUAAUCUUAUUAAAUAUGAUCGUAGAAGUGGACUUUUCCAGGCAACUGAGUUGGGUCGCAUAGCAUCGCAUUUUUACUGCACUCAUGAAACGAUGCUUACAUACAAUCAGUUGCUUAAAGCAACAGCAUUUGAAAUCGAUCUAUUCCGCAUAUUUUCCAUGUCAUCGGAAUUUAAAAAUAUUAUGGUUCGCGAAGAAGAAAAGAUGGAAUUGCAAAAGCUUGCUGAACAUGUUCCAGUUCCAGUCAAAGAAAGUUUAGAUGAAAGCAGUGCGAAAGUCAAUGUUUUGUUGCAGGCUUAUAUUUCGCAAUUGAAGUUGGAAGGAUUUGCGCUUCAGAGUGAUAUGGUCUACAUUAGUCAAUCUGCAGGACGAUUAUUCCGAGCUUUGUUCGAAAUCGUGUUGUGGAGAGGUUGGGCACAUCUUGCGUUGAAAGUUCUUGGCGUCUGCAAAAUGGUCAAUGCUCGUCAAUGGCAAUCUCUUAAUCCUCUUCAUCAGUUCAAGAAACUGCCAUUAGAGGUUGUUCGAAGUAUCGAUAAGAAAAAUAUAUCAUUCGAAUGUUUGUAUGACCUUGAUCAACAGCAACUUGGAGAAUUAGUAAAACUGCCAAAGAUGGGAAAACCUUUGCAUAAGUUCAUUCGUCAGUUACCUAAAUUGGAUAUGACAGCUCUGAUACAACCCAUAACGCGAUCAACUCUUAGAAUUGAAUUAACAAUUACUCCAGAUUUUCAGUGGGAUCUCCGAGUUCACGGAAUAGCUGAGGGAUUCUGGAUAUUUGUUGAAGAUGUCGAUGGAGAGUUAGUUCUACAUCAUGAAUAUUUCUUGCUGAAGCAGAAAUUUUGUGAAGACGAACACGUGGUUAAAAUGUUCGUACCAGUGUUUGAUCCACUACCUCCACUGUAUUUUAUUCGAAUAGUAUCUGAUCGUUGGCUUGGUAGUGAAAACAUCCUACCCAUAUCCUUUCGACAUCUUAUUUUACCGGAAAAAUAUCCUCCACCAACUGAAUUAUUGGAUCUACAACCAUUGCCUUUGUCGGCCUUAAAUAAUCCUCUUUUCCAAUCUGUUUUUGAAAAGAAUGAGAUCUCUGUUUUUAAUCCAAUUCAAACUCAAGUUUUUCGUACUGUUUACGAAGCUAAUGACAAUGUAUUCAUUGGUGCGCCACAUGGUAGUGGGAAAACCGUAUGCGCUGAGUUUGCGCUUUUGCGCCAUUUUGACAACAGCCCCGAAACAAAAGCCGUUUAUGUGACACCGAUGGAGGAUAUGGCGGAGAAAAUGUAUGAAAACUGGCAGAAUCGAAUUGGAUGCAUUCUAGAUAAAGAAAUUGUAUUAUUGACAGGUGAACCAUCAACAGAUUUGAAACUGUUACAGCGAGGACAAUUGAUCAUUGCAACUCCUGAAAAGUGGGACAAUGUUAGUCGUCGAUGGAAACAACGAAAAAAUGUCCAAGCUGUUCGGUUAUUCAUCGUCGAUGAUCUCCAUAUGGUAGGAGGUAGCAACGGGCCUGUGCUGGAAGUGAUUUGCUCACGAAUGCGUUAUAUGUCUUCUCAACUAGACUCGACAGUACGCAUUGUUGCUCUUUCAUCUUCUUUAGCAAAUGCGAGAGACGUUGGACAAUGGCUUGGCUGUUCUUCUCAAGCUACUUUCAACUUCCCUCCGAACUGUCGACCAAUUCCUUUAGAACUGUUCAUACAAGGCUUUAAUUUAUCACACACUGCUUCUCGAUUAGCAGCCAUGACUAGACCGGUAUAUGCAGCCAUUCUUCGGCACGGUGGCAAGUUACGUCCCCGACCUGCCCUAGUUUUCGUGCCAAGCAGACGACAGUCGAGGUCACUUGCGGUCGAUUUACUGACACUAGCUCAUGCAGAUGGACAACCGAAGCGGUUUUUACACAUUCAUCCGACAGAAAGUAGUUUUCUCAGGAUGCUUAAUAUCGUUCAGGACAAGACUCUGAAAGAGACUCUUUUAUGUGGAGUUGGUUUCUUACAUGAAGGAGUAGCUUUCAAAGAUAUGGCUGUUGUGGAACAGCUUUUCGAAAGUGGCGCUGUUCAGGUUUGCAUUGUUACUCGUUCUAUGGCUUAUAAACUUUCAAUUAAUGCGUACCUUGUCAUUAUUAUGGACACACAGUUCUAUAGUGGUAAGUACCAUGUGUAUGAAGAUUAUCCGGUUGGAGACGUGCUACAUAUGAUUGGCUUAGCAAAUAGACCACAAGUAGACGAUGACGCCAAGUGUGUUUUGAUGUGUCAAACAUCCAAGAAAGAUUUUUUCAAGAAAUUCCUUCACGAACCUCUUCCCGUUGAGUCGCAUUUAGAUCACUGUCUGCAUGAUCAUUUUAAUGCAGAAAUUGUAACGAAAACGAUCGAAAAUAAACAGGAUGCAAUUGAUUACCUUACGUGGACCUUAUUAUACCGACGGAUGACACAGAAUCCAAACUACUACAAUUUACAAGGUGUCACUCAUCGUCAUUUAUCAGAUAGUUUAUCGGAAUUAGUCGAGAAUACAUUAAAAGAUUUGGAAAAUUCGAAAUGUAUUGCAAUCAAAAAUGAUAUGGAUACACAGGCCCUUAAUUUGGGCAUGAUCGCAGCAUACUAUUAUAUAAGUUAUACAACAAUCGAAGUAUUCAGCAUGUCUUUAACCGCCAAGACCAAAUUACGUGCUCUGAUUGAAAUUAUUAGUAACGCAAGUGAAUUUGCAAACAUGCCGAUACGUUAUAAAGAAGAUAUUGCACUGAAACAAUUAGCUGAUCGACUGCCAAACCAACAGAAAAACUUGAAGUUUUCAGAUCCACAUAUCAAAGUAAAUUUAUUGAUGAAUGCUCACUUAAGUCGAAUACAGCUUUCAGCUGAGUUGAAUAAAGACACGGAAGAAAUUGUUCUUAGAGCUAUUCGUUUAGUACAAGCAUGUGUUGAUGUUUUAAGCAGUAAUGGAUGGCUAGCUCCUGCAAUUCAUGCAAUGGAGCUAUCCCAGAUGUUAACGCAGGCUAUGUAUAACAAUGAAUCUUAUUUGAAGCAACUUCCGCACUGCACACCCGCCUUACUUGAACGCUGCAAAGAACAGAAGAUUUCAUCAGUAUUUGACAUAUUGGAUUUGGAAGACGACGUUCGAGAAUCGCUACUGCAAAUGACUGUAUUUGAAGUCGCGAGAGUUGCUAGAUUCUGCAAUCAAUAUCCGAGUAUUGAAGUUAUGUACAAAAUUGAAAACAGUGGAAUCAUUACAGUCGGUGAUACAGUUAAUGUUACUGUGGAAAUGGAACGUGAAAAUAAUGUGGAUGGAUUGGCUCCACCUGUAGUUGCACCAUUUUUCCCUCAAAAACGAAAGGAAGAAGGAUGGUGGUUGGUGAUUGGAGAUCAUGCCUCAAAUGCACUCUUUUCUAUAAAAAGAUUAACUGUACAUCAGAAAGCUAAAAUGACGCUUGAUUUCACUGCAACGAUGUCAGGAAAGAUGCACUAUAAAUUGUAUUUCAUUUGUGAUUCAUAUUUGGGGGCUGACCAAGAGUUUGAUCUCAAAUUUCGCGUUGAAGAACCGAGUCGAAAUCGAACGCAGUCUCACGACGAGGAAUGA